AUGUCAAGAGCAGCUAAGGAGUAUGAUGUGAGAGGGUACAUCCAAACAUCCUAUCACGAUAUUACAAAUAAUGAUUGUAAGAAAGUGUUUGAUGUUUGUUGCCAAGGAAUACCAACAGUGCUUGUUUAUCUCUUGGAAUGCAUUCAUGGAAUUCAAGGGGUGCUAUUAAUUGAUUGUAAUUUUGUUUACAGAUCAACAAUCAGUUCUAAAUUUAUUAUCAAACCAACACUAAUGACCGAUAUUACAACAUGCAAGAGAGAAGUCAUAUCAGUGAAUGAUGAUGGGCCAGUAUGCAACGAAACCGUUAUUACUUCAAUUGAAUCAGUAUUCUCUUUAAAUACUUUUACUAUUUCUAAGGCUAAUCUUGCUCACAUUAAGGUGGAAGGUAUGCUCCCAGUAUUUCUUCUCACAGUUAUAAAUACACGCAAUUGUCCACCACUUAUCAUUCAAGUACUUUCUUUAUAUAUGUAUCAGGAAUUCAGAGCAUCAGUAUGUGAAAUCAUUUGUGAUAUAGCUUUUACAAGUUUUCCUAAAUUAUUACUCCCAGUUCUUAACAACCCAAAAAGAGGUGCUGAACCUAGUAAGUCAUCUGAAGAAACUUUUUGGAGCGAGUUUAUAGAGGUUUGUUCCAGGUUUUUGCAAAAUAAUCAAAGAGCUAGACAUAUAGUUCUUUGCUCCUCUAUUAAAUAA